UCUAAAGAUUCAUUUCUUCACCCAAAAUUUUCUCUCAUCAGAUAAAAACUCUCUUCUUCUUCUUCAGUAAUAAUUAAUCAUGGCGUCAGCGUUAUGUUCUGCAACAGAUUUAGCACCACUGUUGGGUUCUGCUGUAAACUCAACAGCAGCAGCAGCAUAUAUCUGUGCUUCAUUUGAUACAGUAUCAAUAAAAUUUGUAGACGCAACAUUUGCAAUCGACACAACAUAUCUUUUAUUCUCAGCAUACUUAGUGUUUGCUAUGCAACUAGGAUUUGCUAUGUUAUGUGCAGGUUCAGUAAGAGCUAAAAACACGAUGAAUAUAAUGCUUACUAAUGUUCUAGACGCUGCUGCUGGUGGUUUGUUUUAUUAUCUCUUUGGCUUUGCUUUUGCUUAUGGUACUCCUUCUAAUGGGUUUAUCGGUAAACACUUCUUUGGUCUUAAAGAAAUUCCAGCACCAGGUUUUGAUUAUGGCUAUUUUCUCUACCAGUGGGCUUUUGCAAUUGCUGCCGCAGGGAUCACUAGUGGUUCAAUUGCUGAGAGAACUCAGUUUGUUGCUUAUAUGAUUUACUCUGCCUUUUUGACUGGGUUUGUUUAUCCUGUUGUUUCUCAUUGGUUUUGGUCUUCUGAUGGUUGGGCUAGUGCAUCAAGAACUGAUGGGAAUUUGCUAUUUGGCUCUGGGGUUAUUGAUUUUGCUGGUUCCGGUGUUGUUCAUAUGGUUGGAGGUAUUGCUGGUUUAUGGGGUGCUAUUAUUGAAGGACCGAGAAUUGGUAGAUUUGAUCAUACAGGGAGGGCUGUUGCUCUUAAAGGUCACAGCGCUUCCUUGGUUGUUUUGGGUACUUUCUUGUUAUGGUUUGGUUGGUAUGGAUUUAACCCUGGUUCGUUUGUUACAAUCUUGAAACCUUAUGGUGAAAGUGGAAGUUACUAUGGGCAAUGGAGCGCUAUUGGUAGAACUGCUGUUACUACUACUUUAGCCGGUUGUACCGCGGCGUUGACGACUUUGUUUGGGAAAAGAUUAUUAGUUGGUCAUUGGAAUGUUACAGAUGUUUGUAAUGGUUUAUUGGGUGGUUUCGCUGCCAUUACUGCUGGUUGUUCUGUUGUGGAACCAUGGGCAGCUAUUAUUUGUGGAUUUGUUGCUUCUGGGGUGUUAAUCGGAUGCAAUAAACUCGCUGAGAGAUUCAAAUAUGAUGAUCCGUUAGAAGCAGCACAGUUACAUGGUGGUUGUGGUACUUGGGGUAUAAUCUUUACCGCUUUAUUUGCUAAGAAAGAAUAUGUUGCUCAGAUAUAUAAUGGUGGUGUUCUUGGUAGACCUUACGGUUUGUUCAUGGGUGGUGGUGGAAAACUAUUAGCAGCACAUAUUGUUCAGAUUUUAGUUAUUGCUGGUUGGGUUAGUGCAACAAUGGGUCCAUUGUUUUUUAUACUAAACAAGCUCGAGUUAUUGAGAAUUUCAUCUGAAGAUGAAAUGCAAGGAAUGGAUGUUACUAGGCAUGGUGGUUUUGCUUAUGUUUAUCAUGACGAUGACGAUUCACUACCAAAGCAUGGGUUCAUGUUGAGGAAAGUUGAACCUAGUAGCACUCCAGAUACUGCUGCACAAUCAGCUUAAGAUAUGAGUUCCAAACCUUUAAUCAGUUCUGCUGUGUAGUUUGAUUUAAUUGUGAUUUUUUUUCUUUCCGUCUUGUUUGGGUGUCACUCCAGAUGAACUUCCUUUGCUACACAUAAACUGUGAAAUAGACUGUCGUGGUCCCGUCUUAUGCUGUUAGUCUUUUUCACUAUUGAUCUGUCAUUAAGUGGAGCAUAGGAAUACUAAACAUUUUAGCAGGUAUUUCUCAAAAUAAAAUAAAAAUAAUAAUAAUAAUAAAUUUAGGACA